AAUCAAAUUAGUUCACCAAAAUCUCUUCUCUCUCUCUCUUCUCUAUCAUCUUCCUCUAAUGGAACCAACCGAGAAAUCCAUGAUACUAGAAAGUACCACGAAGAUGGAGACCAAAUACGAAGAUAUGUUACCGGUUAUGGCGGAUAAGAUGGAUGUUGAAGACUUUGUAUCAGAGUUAUGCAAAGGUUUCAGUUUGCUUGCGGAUCCACAGAGAGAUCUCAUCACAGCCGAGUCUCUAAGACGAAACUCAGGGAUACUUGGGAUUCAAGGUAUGAGCAAGGAAGAUGCUGAAGGAAUGGUUAGAGAAGGUGACCUCGAUGGAGAUGGUGCUCUUAACCAAACCGAAUUCUGCGUUCUCAUGGUUCGGUUAAGCCCCGAGAUGAUGGAAGAUGCACAAACUUGGCUGGAGAAAGCACUCACCCAAGAACUCUCUAAUCACAAUCACUCUUCUCUUCCUUGAUCAUCCCAUCCUAUCCUCCUUUCUUGUGUAUUAUUAUCUUUCUUCUUAUCAAAUGUUUCUGAAUAUAAAUGAAAGAGCUCUCUUUGAUCAUGAAAAACUUAUAUGAUUUGACAGAA